AUGGCAAAGGUCAAGUACAUCCUUUUCGACUGCGACAACACUCUCGUUCAGUCCGAGAGCCGUGCUUUUGAAGCCUGCUCUGAUCUUGUCAACGAGGUCAUCGCAAAGUACAAGCCUAAUCCCACAACAUCCCUGCAACCAAAUGCCCGCCCCAUCCCAGACGAGCCCUUGACGCCAGCCAUCCUACACGAGAGAUAUCUCGGCAAGAACUUCCGCAACAUGCUCGUCUCUCUUAGACAAGAAUACGGCCUCACACCCAGCGAUUCCGACAUCGACGCCUACGUCGACCUCGAAGUCGCUCGCGUCAUAGAGAAGCUCAACAAGAGAUGCGAGCCCUGCCCAUGCGUCGAAGCUGCGCUCACCUGGGCACGCACCCAGGGAUACCCGAUGGCCGUCGUCAGCACGAGCGCCAAACCACGCGUCCUCGCGAGCCUCGAGAAAGCGGGGCUCAUGCCUUUCUUUGAUGAAGAGCACGUCUUCUCCGCCGCAACGUCGCUCACUCCGCCGAGCAGCAAACCUGACCCGGCGAUCUACGAUCACGCGUGUAAACAACUGGGCGUCAGACCGGAAGAAUGCGUCGCGGUUGAGGACAGCAAUAGCGGGGCGACGGCUGCAAAAAGGGCAGGGAAUGGCAGGGGCAUUCCACUGAUCGGGUAUGUCGGGAUUUAUCAGGCCGAAGCAGGCGAUGAGGUCGAAAAGGGCCGGAUCAAGAUGGAGGAGAUGGGGGAAGGGCUGGUCGAAGGAAGCGGGAAUGCAGUUGUUAUGGAGGACUGGAGCAGCUUCCAAGUUUGUCUGGCAGAAAUCGAGUCGCGCAUGUAGAGUUGUCACAACGUUCGAAAGCAUAUUAACGAUAACAAAGUGCAGAGUAUGUACACGGGAAUACAAAAUAAGUUAUCCAUCCGACCAAGAACACCUGUCACCCGCAUCACCCAUCAGUAUAUACGUCCGAUACCAGUACAUAUCGGACAAGGGUGCUCGUUAAACAGCACCGGCACUACACCCCUCCCGUGGCACUUUGGGCAGACCUCACCGCCAAGACGCGGAUCUCCCGGGGCGACAGAAAUCGCACCCGGACUAGGUGCAUACAUCCCGACGCCCUGAGGAGGGUUACGCGCGUAGUACGUAUGCCCUUGUCCUGGUCCUCCACCAUAACCACCUCCUCCGUACGACUGGUGAUGCUGGGGUGGUGGCGGACCACUAGGCGGGGCGUACGCAGACGCAUACGGGUCCCCGCGAUACUGCCCAUGCGAUGACGAGCGGGAGCCCGAUGACCUCGAGACGUUCGUCUGUACUGGUCGUGGAAGGGGACGCUGGAGCUUCGAGCCCUUGUUGGACAUCUCGGAGCUCCAGGGCGUGUAGGUGAUCGCGCCGCGGUAGGGCUUGCUGUACUUCUGCCAGCACUUGUUGCAUGGUUCGGAGGGGUCGUAAUUGAGGUAGCCAGUGUUC